AUGGCCGAGAAGGAUAUUUCCUUUCUGAUGAGUGAGCUGAACUUAUAUCCAACUCAGCAACAAAACGCACUUAUCCAGCCUUUGAAGGAGGACGAUGCCCAUAAGCCGAACACUCAGACAAGACGUCGUCGUCGACCUGGUCCUCAAAAAGUAUGCGACAAUUACACAUCACCCCAGCAGAACCGCACUCCAACCCGCCGUACAGGACAAGAUAGGCUGGCCACAAGAUCCAACAGCUCUGCAAAGAUGCCAGAACCAUCUUCACCAACAAAUGCCAACUUUGACUCUGCGCCAGAAGUUGGCGCGCCGAGUUCUUCCGCUGAAGCAAUCGCAGCAAAUGAUGAUUCAUCAUCAAAAGUCCGACCGGCACAUGUCUACAUCGUUCAGAUCAUGCGACCCUCUGAAGAGGUUGAGGGUGUCUACUGUUCAUCAGAAAAGGCAAAUAACCGAGCCAUGAUAUAUCUCAAUACAAAGCACGGCAUCAAUGCGAACGAGAUCUCGGAAAAGCGAGGACGUUUUGGCCAAGCUAUCGCGGCAACUAAAGCUGUAAAAAGAAUGUGGAUGCAUACAGGCACUUUGGAGAUUCUCACCUGCGGUGGAACUCCUUGGAUCAGAGUCUUGAAGAAACCCUUAUACUCCUGCCACGUCAUAUCUGGAGAGGACCAUGUGUACCUAUCCCUAGAUCGGAGUGAUGGACUAUUUGUUAUUGGAGCAUAUCAAUCCCAAGACGAGGCAUGGGAGGGCUGCAAAAAAUACUGGACGGACUUGUCAGUUUGUGCUUCGACAUUCGAAUUGAAAGAUUCGCACGAGAAAGGCCGAGCACAAGCCACGAUUUCGGGAAGAAUACAUCGCUGGGUUUUGAAACAUUGCAAAUUGUUGUGA